AUGUCGAUUGUAGCAGCAGCAUGUGUAAUAAUUGGUGAUGAAGUUUUGAAUAGCAAGAUUCAUGAUUCAAAUUCUAGAUAUUUCGCAAAAUAUUGCUAUAAUCUUGGAAUCGAAUUAAAAGAAAUUGCUACGAUUGGCGAUGACGAAGAUAUUAUUGUGGAAACAUUACAAAGGUUAUCCAAAAAAUAUGAUUUUAUAGUAACCACUGGUGGAAUUGGUCCGACACAUGAUGAUAUAACAUACGAUGCAAUUGCUAAAAGUUUUAACCUUCCAUGUGAAUUAGAUUUGGAUUGUAAAGCAAGAAUGACUAAUAUUUCAAAUCCAGAAUCGAAAUUGGAUAGCGAUUCUUUGAAGGCCCAUUACAGAAUGGCUACCCUUCCAACUGGUAAAAUUGUUGAAAACUAUUACUUAGCGGACGACUUGUGGGUUCCAGUAUGUUGCAUUAAUAAGCAGGUUUAUAUCUUCCCAGGGAUACCGCAAUUGUUUAUAAAACUUUUAAACCUAUUAACCCCAAUAUUGAAAACUACUUAUUCGAUCGAAGAUAAUAAUCAAGAUUAUGUGCGUUACUUUGUCAAAACUAGUUUUAAAGAAUCAGAAAUCUCAACAUAUUUGAGAUUAUUACAAGAAGAAAGUAGUAAGAUAUCUAAAAAUAUCAAAAUUGGUUCUUAUCCACAUUUUGGACAUGGAUUUAAUACAGUAAGCAUUUUAGGAACUAGUGACUUUUCAGAUUAUCUUGCUAAAAUAAGGGACCAAACAAUUGAAAGAUUAAAUGGUGAACAGAUAUCUGAAGCAGAGGAAGAAAGGAUAUCUAAUGAUUUUGAAAACCAGGGAAUAAAACCAUAA